AUGAUCGCCAAGAUUCACUUUUACAUUACGCAUCCAUGUGUUUUUAUAAUCUUUUCACUUGUCUUGCUACACCUUGAGGCUACAACUACCAAUCAAAAUAUAGCAGUUGGAGGAGAAGAAGAUGAUGCUAAUGGUGCUAUCAAAAAAUGUUCUGAUGACGAGAGGCAUGCUCUUCUUAAUUUCAAAUCACACCUUCAAGACACCGAUGUCUUUUUCUCCACAUGGAGAGAUGAAGAAGAUGACUGCUGCAGAUGGCGUGGGGUGACAUGCAAUACCCAAACGGGCCAUGUCACAAUGCUUGAAGUUGGAUCGAGUGGUCUUGUAGGUAAGAUUAGCCAUUCACUGCUGAACUUAACCUAUUUGAAUCAUCUUAAUCUUUCCUACAAUUAUCUUUAUGGAACAAUUCCCACGUUCAUUGGUUCCAUGUCUCUACUACGUUACCUUAAGCUCGCUGGCAAUAAUCUUAAUGGAACCAUUCCUAGAUCGAUUGGUUCAUUGACCGAAUUAAGUUUCCUUGACCUUUCAUAUCUCUCUCUUUAUGGAACCAUUCCUUUAGAGUUGGGAAACCUCACAAACUUACAAGUGCUUUCUCUCGGAUUUGUUGGAAGGUGUAGAGUUGAAAACAUAAAGUGGUUGUCUCAUUUAUCUGGUUUGCGAACACUUAAUAUGGAUGGGAUUUCAUUAGAUAAAGCAAACCAUUGGGUAAAUGUGAUUUCGAGUUUCCGAAAUCUAUCAUAUUUAAGUUUAAGGGGAUGUGAGCUCUCUAAGGUCAUGUAUCCAUAUUCUUCAUUUGUUAACUCUUCUUCAUCCAUUGGUUUCCUUGAUCUUAGAAACAACAAUCUUAACUCCUCCAUGUAUCAUUGGUUGUUCUCAUUAACUAGCAAUAGCCUUUUUGAGCUUGAUCUAUCUUACAACAUGUUAGAUGGGAUACCCAAAUAUCUUGGUAACCUCUCUAAUUUGGAAGUUUUGAAACUCGAGAACAAUUCUGCUGUGAUAAAAUUUCCUGAUUUUCUCAAAAACUUGUCUGGAUGCUCAUCCCUUACAUUAGCAUGGUUAUAUGCUUCAAGAAGCCGUUUUACAGGGUCAAUAUCUGAUGAUAUCCAAAACUUUUCUUCCUUAGAAUUAUUGUACCUAUCUGAAAAUCAAUUAAACGGAACUAUAAGUGAGAAAUUGUGGGAACUACCCAUGCUUGGAAUCGUUGACGUCUCUUUCAAUUAUCUUAGAGGUGGUAUCUCUGAAAAGAUUGGAAAUUCGAAGAUUUUUGUUAUAGAUCUUUCAAGAAACUCACUCGAUGGAGUUCCUUCCACAGAUAACAUUUCAAGCCUUUUAUAUGUAGAGCAUAUUGAUCUGAGCUCUUGCAAGCUAGGGCCUCGUUUCCCCAAAUGGAUUCAAACACUGAAAAAUCUUACCAAUCUUGAUAUUUCCAAUACGGGAAUUUCAGACGCAAUUCCUCUAGAGUUUUGGAACAUGUGGCCUUCUCGAUUACAUCAUUUGAAUCUCUCUUCCAACAACAUCAGUGGAAAAGUACCAGAUUUAUUAUCAAGUUUUGAUGAUAAUGCAGUAAUAGAUUUGAGUUCCAAUAGAUUUUAUGCCGGACAACUUCCAGAUUGUUUGUGGCACUUCAAAGAACUAAAAGUUCUUAAUUUAGGAUACAACAAUUUGUUUGGAAGGCUUCCUACCUCCAUUGAAUCUUUGUUCAAACUUGAGGUGUUGUAUUUAUACAACAACAACUUCUCUGGAGAACUGCCUUUGUCUUUAAAGAAUUGCACAAGUUUAACCUCGUUAAAUUUGGGUGUCAACAAGUUUUCUGGUAAUGUGCCUAUUUGGAUUGGGGAGAAUUUAUCGGGCUUGUAUGUUCUCAUCCUAAGAUCAAACAACUUCUUUGGAACCAUACCUUCACAAUUAUGUCAAUUAGCAUAUCUUCAAGUUCUAGACAUGUCAAUGAAUAAUCUUCAUGGAAUCAUCCCCUCAUGUUUGGAUAAUCUCACAAGCAUGGUUCAAGAAGGGUUCUCAGAGAAACAAAAUAUACAAAAAUAUUCAAGUACUAAGAACACAACAGGUGUUGUUAAUCUUUCAUACAAUGGAAGGUAUGUUGACAAUGCAAUGAUUAAGUGGCAAGGAGACGAACGUGAAUUUAUCAAUAACCUACGAUUGUUGAAGAGCAUCGACUUGUCAAGCAACAAUUUAACAGGACAAAUCCCAUAUGAACUGAUCAAUCUUUUUGAACUACUUGCUCUAAACCUAUCACAUAACGCUUUGUUUGGAGAGAUCCCAUGGAAAAUUGGUGAGAUGAAAAAACUUUUAACUUUGGAUUUAUCUAGAAACAAUUUUUCAGGAGGGAUACCAAUAAGCAUGUCUCAAAUGACUUUAUUGAGUUAUUUAGACGUGUCAUUCAAUAAUUUGUCAGGGAGAAUCCCAUCUAGCACUCAACUUCAGUCUUUCGAACCUUCAAGAUACAAUGGAAACAAAGAAUUAUGUGGACCUCCCAUUACAAAAAUUUGCCCUGGAGAUGAAGAAUUGGAAGUACCACCUGUUAUAGGUGAGAGUGAAGGUGGUGGGAAUGGAAUAUAUGAACUUUGGAGAUGGUUUUAUAUUGGUGGGAUCACUGGUUUUGCUACUGGAUUCUGGAUAGCAUGUGGUGCUUUACUUGUCAACAAUCGUGGAAGACAUGCUUUCUUUCACUUUCUUGAUAGCUUCAAAGAUCAGGUUUAUGUGAAUGUAGUUGUGUUUGUUGUAAAAUUACAAAGGGUUGUACGUGCGUAG